UAUUCACAUCAUUAUUUAUGUAUAUGGUAAUUUUGUACGCAUCUGUUCCCUCUUGGAGUCUUCGUCGAGUACUGCCCUGAUAAGAAUGUGUGUGGGAGAAACGCCACCAUAAUCAAAAACAGUUUAUGAGACUGAUAACCCAUUUAAGAGUUUUCCGAGGCUUCAACCAGCUUUCUCAAUAAACAUGAAUAAGGCACACACAGUCUCAGACAACACCCAAAUGGAUGCAGUCUACAACAGGCUCAGGAAGCACUUCUACUACUUUGAUGCAGAGAAAAACCCAUAUCUUCCAAUUUUCAUGGAAAAUGCAGGGGGUAGCCAGUGUCCUGAAAUGGUGAUAGAUUCCAUGUCUGAUUACAUGAGAUCUAAGUAUGUUCAACUAGGGGCUGGAUAUGAACUUUCCAUGAGAGCAAAAGAGGUGGUAGAUUCUACUCAUAAUUUCAUGAAGACCUUUAUGAACGCUGAUGAAGUUGGAGAGGUUGCAUUUGGACCUUCAUCUUCUCAGCUUUUGGAAAACUUGAGUAACUGUUACUUGAAUUUUGUCGAGGAAGGAGAUGAAGUGAUUGUUCAUGGGGCCAAUCAUGAAGCAAAUGCUGGCCCGUGGAUUAAACUCGCAGAGGAGAAAGGGCUAACGCUCAAGUUUUGGAUGGUGAGUGAAGAUUUCAGCUCAAACUUGGAAUCUCUUGGUAAGCUAUUAUCCACUAGGACAAGAAUCCUAGCAGUUGCACAUGUUUCCAACAUUUUAGGAGAAAUACUGGAUUUGGAAAAAUUAGUGGAAUUUGUUAGGGAGAAAGUAGGAUCCAAGAAAACCAAAGUGGUUGUGGAUGGUGUGGCCUUUGCCCCGCAUAGAGCAAUUGAUGUAGCAAGGUGGGGUGUUGAUUGGUAUGUUUUUAGCACGUAUAAGGUUUGUGGGCCUCACAUGGCUGUUCUCUUUGGAACCAAUGCCGCCUUCAGUGAAAUCAAUGAUGAAAUGCCCAAUUUCUUUUUCGUUCCCAGUCAUAAAUUCAGCAGUAAAUUUGAACUAGGAUGCCUUAACCAUGAGGGUUGUGCAGGGAUUCUCGCCCUCAAACAGUAUCUACAAUAUCUGGCGCAGGAAGAAGAGUCCUUAAAUUUGGAUGCUUCUGAACAGGUUGACUCGAUUGAAAAUGUUCAAAAGCGUCUUUCUGCUAUGAAAGUUGAGGAUUCUUCUAUCUUUGAUAGAGAGUUAGUCGAAGCUGCUUUCCGCACAGUUAAAUUGUUGGAGAAACCCACGCAAAGUGCAUUGAUUAGCUAUCUUAGAUCAAGAUCAGAUGUUCGAAUCGUAGGGCCUCUUACUGCAGAUGGAGAACGCAGGGUUCCCACCAUCUCUUUUGUCCACAGGAGUAAGAAAUCGUCUGACAUUGCUCAAGCUCUUUACAAAAUGGGUUUUGCAAUUAGAAAUGGGAAUAUGUAUUCGUACAGGCUUAUCUCAGCUCUAUGCUCAUCUGGCCUUCUAUUCGACAACAAUGUGAGCGAGGGUGUAGUAAGAAUUUCAAUGAUGCAUUACAAUACUCCUUCUGAGGUUUCUUAUCUCAUCUCUUGUUUGAAUGACAUUCUUUUAUGAGGACCUCUCUGAUGUUACAUCAGUUAAUUAUUUCGAAGGCAUCUCGGAUGAAUUGUCUUACCCUCAAUUGCAAUACUUUGUACCUUCUGCUUUCAAAAGAAAUUGAAUUUCUCCCCUCAACUAUCUUGAGGUUAGAUGAUUCAAGCUCAAUAAAGAGUAAUGCUCAAAAGAAACAACUUUAGGACUCAAUUGUAUUUGUUGAUAAACAUCAAUUUCUAGGCUAAAUUUGUACUUGUAAUCAUGAUAGUAAUCCUUACGCGUGUUUUUUGUCUACUCAUUUCAGUUAGUUGUGCUUUAUCAGUAGCUUGACAGGAGAGUCUUUAACUUUGUACCCUCCUUGGGCUGUUUGUAGAACUUUUAAACCAAAAUAUAUGAAAAAGAGAGUUUGAUGAUCA